AUGCCCCGCACGCCGCCGCUUCGCGCCGACGUGGGUCGCAGCGACCACGGCGGCGACGUGCGGGUGGGCGGCCGGUGCGGGGGUGGGGAGCGGGAGCGACGGGCGGCGGGGCGGGCGGCGGGCCAGGGGGCCGUCGGCGGCGCGGCCACGGGCGGCACGGGCGGGGCGGGGGAGGCGGGGCGCGGGGGCGGGGCGGGGGAGGCGUCCAUGGCGGCGGCGGCCGGUGCGCGGGGGCGGGGGCGGGGCGACGGGCGGCGGUGGCGGGUGGGUGGGAUUGGGAAAUUUCCCUCCCGCCCGAAACGAAAUGGAUAUGCAGUUUAG